UAUACAGCCCCAAGAGCUGGAAAGGUUGACCUACUCAGCCACAAGACAAAUACCACAGAAACUCAGGUUUACCAGUCCGAGUAGAGCAAGAAAAAAGAAAGAUCUGGAAACUAAUUUUAAUCCUGAAGAAUUAUACCGGCUAACAGAAACCCAUCAGGGUGCUCCUAAACUGCUGGAAGGAAAGGGAAGAACUAAGAAUUCUACCUUCAAACUUCAACCUCAUGGUUCAACACCUAGUGACAGGAUUGGAUCAAACUUCUCUCUGCAAGCUAAACACAUUCUACUCAGGAAAGUUGGAGCGAAGAAAAGACCUUCUACUUCAAAACGAAGAUAUGAAGAAAAGAGCGUAGAGUGCUGCAGGCUUCAUGGUAUACAGGAGGAGAAGAGAAAGGAGGAGGAGGAGAGAAUAUUACAGAUAAAUCUGAUAAAAAACAAGUUUGCAACGCAGAAGAUAGCAAAAUCGAUCAAGGCAUCAGUAAAGAGAACAGACACAUUGGUUCGAUCCAUUUCUUUACAGGACUACAGUUGCCGUGAAGAAAAUACAAUUAUUGAGUCUUCCUGUGAAAAAUCAAGUUCUCCUAUUGGAAUUCAAGAGUUUAUGGCAAAGUUUCCUUACAAAAGUUGUCAGCGCUGUCAUGGCAUGCCCAAGAGUGCUUUCAGCAACUUUAAAGAGCAGCGACCUGCCUCAGCAAAGCGUCGGAAGGUUUCAGUUGGGUGGGGACAAGAAAACUACAGUCAUAUUCCACAGGCUAGCCGACCCUCCUCACCAGAUACACAACUCAGUUCAAGAAUACUUAAACCUGCAGCACAGUUUACCAAGGAUGAAAUGGAUAGAUAUGAAUACUGUUUAAAUGUUGAACUUAUGGAUCAAAAUGUGGAAGCACUCUCAAAACAACAAUACAAUAGGAUAAAGUCCUUGUGUAAACCUGGUUGGUUUAAUGAUCUCAUGAUGAAAAGUAAAAUAUCCGUUCUCCAUCUUGAAGUUGAAGAACAGCACUCUGAAGCCUCCAGGAAAGCUAUACUAGACUAUCUUCUGCUAGACCCACAGGAACAAAGACGACUAGAAAUCCAGAAUGUUGCGCAAAGCUGGACUCCUCUAGUAGUUAGAGCUCCAGUACCCUGGCAUCAAACAUAUCUUCAGGCAAACCAGUUCUGUCGGCAUAAUCUGUUUACUCUGAACACAGUUUUAGAGAAGAUAAACAAUCUCUGGUGGAGAAGAUAUAAUAAUCUCAGGUUUGUAUCUCCAGCUCGACUCAGAACUGUUGAUGGAGGACCAGUUAGUCCUAGAGAUUUCGAGAACAGGGUGUUUUCGCAAUGUGAAGAAGCGAGAAAUUUACUCAUUAAACGAUGGCUGCCAGAGGUUGGAAUGAUUCUAGUGAAGGAACGCCAAGCCUGGGCAGAUCUGGUUCCAAAAUACAACUCAAUCUGGAACUCAAGGUUCGCACCAAAUACCAUAACCAGUAUCAGUCCGGAUACGGCUCAGCCUGUAUUCUCAGUAGAUCUAGUUUUUGUUGGUGUUCCAGUAGAUCCAGUUUUUGUUGGUCUCCCAGUAGACCCAGUUUUUGUUGGUGUUCCAGUAGACCCAGUUUUUGUUGGUGUUACAGUAGACCCAGUUUUUGUUUGUGUCCAAGUAGAUCUAGUUUUUGUUGAUCUCCAGUAG